AAUGCUUAUAGUAUAACAUUCAUAAACAUAAAAACUAGUUGAAGAAUGGAAGUGAUGUUGUUCUAUUUACUUCUCUUCAGCUUCUCACUCUUGUUCCUGAUCUUAUUCAAUCUCAGGAGCAGGAUUAAUAAGAACAAGUACUACUCAGGAGGAGCUAGACUACCACCAGGGCCAUGGCGACUGCCCAUCGUCGGAAGCAUGCACCACCUCAUUGGUUCACUGCCACACCGGCGGCUGACUGAGCUGGCCAAAAGACAUGGGCCGCUGAUGUACCUCAAGCUCGGCGAGGUCUCCACCAUCGUCGUUUCCUCCCGUGAGGUUGCCAGCGAGAUGAUGAAGACGCAUGACCUCUGCUUCUCUGACAGACCCAUUUCACCCUCCGUGGAGAUACUCUCUUACAGUGGCAAAGAUCUCGUCUUUUCUCGCUACGGUGAGUACUGGCGGCAACUCCGGAAGCUAUCCGUGGUGGAGCUGUUGAGCCAGAAACGAGUUCAGUCUUUCAGGUCCAUCAGAGAAGAAGAGGUGUACAAGCUAAUACAAUCCAUUCACUCACAUAGUUCUUCAUCUUUGGUGAACAUCUCAGAGAAGCUCUACUUGUUAACCAACGAUGUGACGACGAGGGCAAUGAUUGGUAACCGGUGCAAGGACCAGAAGAUAUUUUUAAAUACGUUGGACGAAGCGAUAGAAGCCUCAGCCGGGUUUAAUCUGGCUGAUUUGUAUCCAUCUUUGAAUUGGCUGACUAGCAUCACUGGCAUGACUCGCAGGCUGAAAAGAAAUCAAUGCAAGCUCCAUGAGCUUUUUCUGAGCAUCGUCCGUGAUCACAUGGAGAACAAGAAGGAGGAUGAGGAGGAGGAUUUACUUGAUGUUCUUCUGAGGAUCAGGGAUGAUGGCAGUCUUGAUAUACCAAUCAGCAUAGACGGCAUUAAAGGAGUUAUCUUUAACUUGUUCGGAGCAGGGUCUGAAACAUCAUCGAACACCAUGGAAUGGACCAUGUCAGAGCUGAUGAAAAACCCGGAGGUGAUGAACAAGGUGCAGGCUGAGGUGCGUGAGCAUCUCAAAGGGAAAACUAAAGUGACAGAAGAGGACAUAAGUGGUCUGCAGUACUUGAAACUAGUGAUCAAAGAGACACUGAGAAUGCAUGCUCCAGUGCCGUUACUGAUUCCCAGAGAAUGCAGAGAGAACUGUGAGCUCAUGGGUUACCAAGUGCCUGCCGGAACGAAUGUGUUGGUGAACGCUUGGUCAAUUGGUAGAAAUCCAGAGUACUGGGAUGAACCACUUGUGUUCAAGCCUGAGAGGUUUGAAGGUAGUUCUAUUAGUUUCAAUGGGUCUUGUUUUGAGUUCAUACCUUUUGGUGCUGGGAGGAGGAUGUGUCCUGGAAUUUCCUUUGGGGUGGCCAACAUGGAGUUGGCACUGGCAUUGCUUCUCUAUCACUUUGAUUGGAAGCUUCCCAGUGGAGUUGAGCCUCAAGAUUUGGAUAUGACUGAAUGUUUUGGUAUCACUGCCCGGAGGAAAUCCCACCUCUUGCUGUGGGCCAUUCCUCGUAUUCCUUGUCCAUCAACCAAUUAAAGCUUCGUUUGGUUCACGGGGCAUAUGAAAGGGAAUGGCUCGAUUUGGUUCACGGCAUUAAAAAAAAGGGAAUGAGAAUGACAUGAGUAAUAGAAAAUUGGAAUGAGGAUAAAAAGCAAAAUUAAUAUUUUAUUAGAGGAAAUGAAAAUUGAAUGAAAAUUG